AUGGCCACCCCGCCUCCCGAGGUGCCUGCGGCCCUGAAGCAGGAGCAGCUGCAGUUACCUCCCUCCCCCACUGGAGGUUCUGGAUCUGAACUUGCGCCUAGCAGUGCCCCCGCGAUCAGUCCCGAUCAGGCUACAAUGGAAGGUUCCUCUUUCAAAGCCAACGGUGAUCACUCUCAUACCCCAGCGCCCACCAAUGGCACCGAUUCUGCAGUCUCCCCCAAGUCUCCUCCCCACGACGUCUCUGGAAAGACUGCUACCGAUGACAAUGACCCUGCCGUAUCCACCAACCACGAAUCUCCAUCCGCCACAGGGAUUCUGCCUGUAUCUGCGCCAGCCGCUUCGGUUGCGGCCCAUACCCUUCCACUUUCUGCUGUCCCAGGUGCAGUGAACGGCUCCUCCAUGGGCACAGAAUCCAAAUCACCUCGAUCUCCUGGUGGUUCCUCAAUGGCCGAUCUGGGUGGCAGCGGCGGUGUGAAGGAGGAGAAGCAGAUCCCCCCAGAUACACCCGGUCUCCAGUCACUAUCAGUCAAGAGGGAGCUUCCUCAUCAUCCAUCGGUUGCCCAUGGGCUGUCCACCGACGGGGCUGACGACGAGAUGGAAGAUGUGUUCAGUCCUCAGAACUCAACCUCUAAGGUAUCCCGAGAGCGUGAAAUGGAUACGUCUGACGAGCCGGCGGCGAAGCGGGCGAAGAUGAACAAUGGGAAUGGAACACGGGCGACGGAGAGCGCUCCAAUGACGCCUGGACAGCACAAGUUUCUCACCAAGCAAAUUGCCGGCCUCAGACGUGCGCAUGACUCGCGCUUCUAUCGGACUCCCGUCGACCCUAUCGCUUUGAACAUUCCAAACUACCCUUUGGUCAUUAAGCAACCUAUGGAUUUGGGAACCAUCGAACGAAAGCUGAAGAGCAAGGAGUACGCCACAGCUCAAGCGCUGCAUGAGGACUUCUCGCUUAUGAUCCAGAAUGCGCUGACAUUCAACGGCCCGGAUCACCUGGUGGCGCAGGAAGGUGUGAAACUGCUGGCCACAUUUGAGAAACAAUUGGUUCAUCUGCCUCGGGCUGAUGAGAGCGAGGACAAGAAGAAACCUCCUAAGAAGUCAGUUACUAAGGCUUCGCCCGCCCGUCGAGACAGAACCUCUCUUGGAGGAAAUGCCGUGCCUCGUGCUCCCGCUGCUGCUGUUCCGCCUCCCGUCGCCGCCGCGGCCCCUAAAGCAUCUUCCCCCCAGAGUUCUACUUUCGCCCUGGGCCCAGAGGGAUUGCCUGUCAUUCGACGUGAUUCAGCCAAUGCGGAUGGGCGUCCUAAGCGUUCUAUUCACCCACCCAAGCGGGAUUUGCCUUACUCCACGAAGCCGAAGAAGAAGAAGUACCAGUGGGAGCUUCGAUUCUGCCAAGAGGUCUUGGAGGAGCUGUACAAGACCAAGCACCAAGCUAUCGCCAUGGCCUUCUACUAUCCCGUGGACCCCGUGGCGCUCAACAUCCCCACCUACCACAGCGUCAUCAAGCACCCAAUGGACCUCUCGACCAUCAAGGCCAAGCUCAGUACUGGUCAGUAUGAGAACGCGAAGGAGUUCCACGCGGACGUAAAAUUGAUGUUCAAGAACUGCUAUCGCUUCAACAUGGUGGGAGACCCUAUCUACUUGGCUGGUAAGAGCUUGGAGGAGGUGUUCGAUAAGAAGUGGAGCACCAAGCAGGAAUACCUGGCUCGACAUGAACCCCCACCCGAGCAGCACAACUCUGAAUCCUCCGAAGACGAGAGCGAGGAGGAAGCUGAGGAGAGUGAUGAGGAGACUGAAAAACUCCUGGAACUCCAACGUAAGAUUGCGGAAAUGUCUCGCCAGGUCGAAAUGAUCCAGAAAAAGAAGAAGACCCCUCCCGCGAAGAAGGCUACCAGCAAGUCCGGAAAAACUACCGGCAAGAAGGAGACCAAGAAGAGCACCGGCAAGAAGGACAAGAAGACCAAGAGUGCGUCCAAGCCGGAAAAGACUCGCAACAUCACCUACAACGAAAAGCAAAUCAUCUCCAACGGCAUUAGUAGCCUUCCCGACAAGAAAAUGCAGGAAGCACUGGGCAUCAUCCAGCAAAACGUUCCCGCUCUGAAGGGCACUCAAGAAGCUGAGAUUGAGCUCGACAUUGACGAGCUGCCCAACGAUGUUCUGCUCAUGCUGCUGAAGUUUGUUCGCAAGAACGCACCCCAUGUUCUGGAAGAAGAGGAACCUGCCCCAUCUGGUGGCAAUGCAGCCCCUGCUGCCCCUAAGCCCAAGAAGAACAAGCCCAUGAGCAAGUACGAGCAAGAAGCUCAGAUCAACAUGCUUGAAAGCAACUUGUCUCGAUUCCAAGGUGGCAGCGGCUCUCCCAAUCCCAUGCCUUCGGUUGAGGCCAAUGAGUCGAGUGAUGAUGAGUCGGAUGAUGACUCGGAGGAAAGUGAGGAGGAGUAA